UCGUAAACUACCACACAAUAGAAAUCUCGAGCUCAUAAUCUAAUUGCUUAAUAGAGACAAGCCAGUUUGUGGUGGUCAAAUACAUGUAACAAUAUUUUAAUAAUUUAUGUGAGGCUAUAUUAUGACAUUACAUGUAAGGUCAAGUAGGUUCACUUCAGCUGAGAUUGGCUCAAAACUAAAAAUUAACCAAUAUGUCACACAUCUUGAUGUAGCUAAUAUAUAUUUUUAACCCUCUCAACCGAAAACUAAAAUAGAAUACUGGUAUAUUACUCUUGGGUCACACUGUGGAUGGUUUCUUUUCUUUCUUUUUUUUUUUAAAUAAUAAAUUUCCACUUUGUGUCCAUGUUUAAUGUUCAGUACCAUUUGAAAGAUAUUGAUUUGUGAAGUUUGUACAUCAUGCCAGUGAGACUGACAUGCACAUCAAAAGAAUAUCCCUCACUUGAAAGUUGAUUUAAUAUUUAGUUACACUGUACAUGAUUGUAUAAUAUUAUUCCUGUCACCUUUCUGUUCAAAUGUGUAUUGAAAAAAAUUGCUGUAACUCAGAGAUUGGUUUAUAUCUUAGUAAUCCUCCUUGGGAAUAGAUUAUUUACCAUGUACACUUAUAUUAAAAUUAGCAGAAGAAAACAGAAAGAGCAAAUUGCAAUUUCCUGGAUCAAUAUAAAAGAGGAAUAGUAUAUUGUUUCCCAAUUUAAAUCACAACUUCCAGCUCAUAAAUGGAAAUUGUUCCUCAUAUUAUUUUUAUCUCAUUAUUUAUUAUCACUAUUUUGUUUGUGGUUGGAAUAAGUCUUAUCAGGGGACAUUAAGAAUUAGGUGAGAUUAAUUAGGUUAUUCCGGUUUCCUGUCUGAUUUAUUUUAUUAGCAUUUUUUAUAUUGACUCAUGUGGUGUUUUAGAGCAAUGGGUAUGCACUAAGCUAAAUUUGGAGUUUUUCCUCAACUUACUGUACAUGUUAGUAGUUAUUACUUGUUAGAAGAUCAAUUAUGUCACUUAUAUUUACUUGCUAGUAAUUAUCUCUCCUUUAUGUUAGUGUGGUUUUUUCUGACUUUAAACAAACAUGUUGUACCUUUUCCUGAUUAUUGAUUGAUGUAAAGAACUUUGAAUAUUAUACGAAAUAAUGUGUCCUCUUUAUUUAACAGAGAAGCUGGCAGCAUUUUGGGCUAUAUUGGUUUUCAUCUAGGUUCUAUAAUUUCCUCUGCCAUAUUUGGUAACCUAGAUGUCUAUCAAAGAGUCAUUUAAAACGAUGUAGUUGUUGAUGUCUAAUGUGAUUAUUUUUCAACAGAGAUAAAAAGAAUCGAGGCUAUUCUUCUGGGAAGCGUAUGUUCAAGUUGAGUGCUGCAGCUAAAAAGAAGCCUCGAAGACACAAUACUGAAGAUCCUGGGAGGGAGUUUUUUAGUAUCAAAUUUUUUGACAAUAGAAGUGGAGAAUUCCAUGUGGACGUGGUACCUGCAUUGAAGGGAAAGUCUCUAAGGGACUCUUUAGAACCUCUUUUUGAGGCCCAAGAUAUUUCAUUCACCACCCACUCUGUGUUCUUGGAUUCCUCAAAUACACCUCUACCUUUAGCUUUUGACACUUUUCCGCUGGGAGGAAAUGUUCUGCAUGUAAGAGCCAAUGAAGAUUUCAAAGUUGACGAGAGGGUGAUAAAUAUUGUCAGAGAUUCGUAUGCUGAAGACAAGGGUAAUGCUGAUGAGCCUCGGCCAAAAAGUUCUUCCUUCAUGGCACGGUCUGGCUCAUUCACAACAAAGGGUAAAGACAAGGGCAUGGUGAAGAGUAACGAUGAAAAGGAGAAAGAAAACUCUAAAGAUGAAAGAAUACUUCAACAGUUCAAUAAGAAUACACAGAAGGGGAAAAAGAACAUGGAGUCUUUGUUUGGCAAAGAGUUUGGAGGCACCAUGCCACCAUCGCUUUCGAGUCCAGUUCUUCCUGGUGGAGUUCAUCCAAGUGCAACUGGGACUUUGCCGCGACCCAAGUCGGCCAGCAGUCGUCUAACAGGGCUGUUCAACCAACCCAAAACUAUCAAGGGAACUCUGAAGGACUCUUUAGAGCGUUAUUCCCUGUAUGGCCUGGAGGACACUACUGCUGACUAUGAUUGUGGCUUUAAGAAUGAGAUUCAAGAUCAGAUCAAACUUGAAUCUUCAUGGACAGAACUUGUCGACCAAAGCCGUAUUGAGGCAAUGACGAAGAAAGAGAAGGACCAGCAGGAAGCCAUCUGGGAGCUGUUAUCAACAGAAGCAGCAUACAUCUCAAAACUUUAUGUUAUCAAAAAACUGUUUCUCCAGUGCCUGCGAAAUUUACAAAGUGAAGGAUUUUUAGCAGAGAUUGAAGCGUUCAAGCUUUUCAGUAAUGUGGAAGAAAUUUAUGAAGUCAAUUUUGAAUUUUGGACGGAGUAUCUCAGCAAGGCCGUUGAAAAUGCAAGACAAACAAAGGAUCCUGUGAAUCCAUCAGAAAUGGAAGCAGGAUUCAACAUGUUUGAAACUCAGUUUGAUCCUUACACCACUUACUGCAUGGAAGAAGCGAACUGCUUGAAAUACUUCAAAGAAAAACUUAUUGAGAGUGAAGACUUUAAAGCAUACAUCACAUGGUGUGAAGAGCACAGGUCUUGCACUGAUCGACUGAAGUUGAAUGAUUUGCUGGUGAAGCCCAUGCAAAGAGUUACAAAAUAUCCCCUGCUACUGAAGGCUAUUUACAACAAAACGUUGGAUGACGAUAUGAAAGAACCUAUCAAUAGAAUGCGAGACAAAGUGGAAGCUUUUGUGAGCAAAGUAAAUGGUGCCAUGAGAGUGCGGCAUGAGUUGGAGAAACUCAAGACCACGGCUGAUAGGAUUCACAACAAUUACAAUGUUGUGGAAGCUGUAAAUGAGGAGAUGGAAAAGAUUCUCCAAGAUUACUGUUCAUACGACUUAAUGCGACCAAUGCCUGGUUUGACUGAUGAUCAGCAUCGUACUGUUAUCCAUAACGGGCCUCUGAGGCUGCUUGAAAAGCAGGGAAAGACGGAUGUCUACGUCUUUUUAUUUACUGAUUUACUUCUUAUAACCAAAGCAAAGAAAGGCGAUAAGUUUAAAGUCAUCAAACCGCCUCUCCAAGUAGACAAGCUUUUUCUUAGCAACUCUAAGGACCAAGGAACUUUCUUGCUUAUUUAUGUGAAUGAGUACAACAUUGCUGUACAAGCAUUUGCCCUCCAGGGAUCUGUGGCUGAUCAGAAAGAGUGGAUGGAUGCAAUUAAAAAAGCCCAGAAAUUGUUAAUGAUAGCCAAGUUAGGACAAGGUUCGUCUAACAUGAUACAAAUGCAACGCACAAGCGAUAGUGACCUGGUGAGUCCCUCAGGUCUGGUCACGCCAUUGGGAAAUUCUCCAUCAUUUUCACGGCCGAAACGUCGCAGCUCCUCGGCAUCAUCAAUUAUGUCAGUCGAAUCAGACUCAGAUGAUGAGUCUAGUUUCCCAACUUUAAAUCCUCGUGUGCGCUCCGACUCUGCGGUGACCUCUGCAAGCAGCACACAUUCAUCAGAGAUUAGAGGUAAAGAUGGUGAGACUGAGGAGAAAGAUGCUGCUGCUAGGCAGCCACAGGCAGAACUGUACAUAGAUGAAGAACCAGCACUACUUGGUGCAAUGGCAAGGCCACGGUCUGAAUCAAUUGGGAAGAUCUCACGUUCUUCUUCUGCACCACAGAAGGAAAGACCACGAGUUGUUGAUUCUAGUUCGUUAUCACGUUCCUCGUCAGCCCCUCAAGGGCCUACACCAGGACGGAUGUCAAGUCUGAGAGAAGGUAUUAUUAUGAAGAGGAGAGCUGCUGAAGAGCAGGAUGGUUCCGUAACAUCGUCUUCUGCGUCAUUAAAUGACUCCGUUGGUGAUUCAGAGAUUCAGUCACCAGUACCAACUUCAUCUGUUGAUUUCCCAUCUUUGCCUUCACCAGAACCACAACAAACAACGGAUGACAGAAAUGAACCACAAUCUCCAAAUAAAGAACAUAACUCUGAAAUAGAAUCAUCUUCUCUUCUCACAGAAGGGGACACACCACCAUCAUCACCUGAAAAAGAAGUUUCACCUUGUGUGUCUAACAAUGAGUAUGAUGCUUGUGAUCCUGUAAGUGAACAAGAAGAGAACUCUUUUGAGGAACCACAGGGUUCUGAAGAUGAUUCAUCAUCCACGACAGACCUUCUCAUUUCACAGCCAGGCCAGACAACAGGAGUUCAAGCCCUACAGAAUUUGUCAGACUCACUUGAAUCAACGCUCAAAAGUAAUGGACCCACAAAACAAACACCACAUAUAAAAUCUCAACUUAUUGCACAGCACAAGAUUCAGUCAGCCAUAACUCCAACAGAACCACAGCGCAAACGUUCCACUUUACCGAGGAGAUCUUCUCCAGUCGUGUCACGAAAGUCACGACCUGAGAAUUUAAAAAGAAGCCAAGAGAAAUCAGAUCAUGAUCUCAACGGGAUUUUACAGAAAAUUCGGGAUGCGUCAGCUGCAUCAGGUGGUGUGACCUCUGACGGAACGUCCUCUGGCAAUCAAGAACGUAACUGUAGAUUGGGAAAACUCAGCAAACGGAGCUCAGAGAAUUCCAGAGCUCCUCUUAAGCCAGAUAAAUCACAUUAUUCUGUGAGUGGAGAUCUCAUAGACUCGAUUUCAAAGACGGAGAACAAAAAGGAGAGACAUACCCCAAUGUUGAAUUCUCGAAAAAAGAGCAUGUCACUGACAGAUCUUUUGAGCAUAGGCAGAGACCUUACAAAUAAUCGCGACAAAAAUAAGGAUAAAGAAAUGGACAAGGAUAGGCCACGUCCUCACAGUUCUGAACCAAUAAGUCCACUGACUGAUGAAGAUGUUACAUCGCCAACCUCACCACAAGGCAGUAAAAAAGAGGAAAAGAAAUCUCGAUUCAGUAGACUUAGACGGAAGUCAAGUAGAGGAGGUGAACUGAAGGAUGGAAUUGCAUCUGGUCCUGAUAUUGAUCCAAAAAGAGCCUCAAGACAUUUCUUUAAGGAAUCGCUUAUGCUGGAAUCUUCGUAGAAGUUCUAGCCCAGAAAUGUGUCGAAGUUUGCAGACGGCAGAGAAUAUGUAUAAAGGUCACUGCAGCAGGGUCAGCCCAAAGAACUAAUUUAAUGAAUUUUACAAGGACAAUAUACUAUGAGGCUAUAGGUCUUAAGAAAUGUAAAUCACUUUCUAUUGUUUUAAACAACGUUCUUGCUUAGUAGACAUCUUAAAGUGCUUUUAUUAUUUUAGAAACAAUCUUGUUUGUUCAAAGGGCAAGGGCAAAUUCAGAUUCAAAUUGAGUGUGCUUAAGUGUCAAUUACUGUUUUGUGAUGUGUAAGGAUUGAAGUCUAGCUGGACAGGAAUGGUUGAAUAACCCAUUGGGGUUGAUAGAUCAGGCUUGAAGAAGGCAUACAUGGGCGUUGGAUGAAUUCCCAGAUGGUCUUAUACUUGUCUUGUUGAGGGUAUCGUGUGAAGGUAGCUGGUCACAUAGUGAAGGGUGUUGGUUAGAGGAAAAUGGAAGUAAACGUUGUUUGCUCUGCAGCUAGACUGGGUCGUGGGAUUCUUUCCCAAUUGGUCUUGUCCCUGUCUGGUUGAGGGCAUGGCGUGAAGGAAGCGGGUUAUACGGUGAAGGGCGUGGUUGGGAGGAAAAUGGGUGUACACGUAGUUUGCUCUGUAGUUAGGCUGAGUCGUGGUAUGAUUUCCCAAUUGGUUUUGUCCCUGUCUGGCGAAAGGCAUGGCGUGAAGGAAAAGAGGUACAUGUGAAAGGUGUGGCGUAGAGGAAUAUGGGUGUAAUCGUAGUUUGCUCUGCAGCUAGACUGAGUCGUGGGAUCUAUUCCCAAUUGGUCUUGUCCCUGUCUAGUGAAGAGCAUGGCGUGAAGGAAAAGGGUAUCAAGGGUGUGACUUCAGUUGUGAGAUCUAUUCCCAAUUAAUCUUGUCCCUGUCCAGUGAAGAGAAUGGUGUGAAGGAAAAGAUGUUUCAAUUCCUGUCAAAUAAGAAUGAAUGUAAAAUCCAGCUGGGAAUAUAACCUCAAAACAACAUAGUUUGAAGGCGAAUGGUUUUAGUUUUUUAUCUGCUUGAAUUGGGAAUCUGUCUGCCGAAGAUGCCCUUUGAACGUCAAGGUCAUUUCAUUUGAAAUUUUUAGAAGCAAUUAGCUUUUUUAAGUUCUCGUUUGAGCAAUUCGAGUUUACUUUUUUUAUCCUUUUCAUAUUUGAAACAAAACUGUUUUUUAAACAAAUCUUUUCUCAUAGUAUGGCAGAGUGAAAAUCUUACGCGUUUCAAUUGAAUGUAAAGGUUGUUGUAAAUACUGAAUUGUACAUUUCUAGCCUUUUAGCUCGUAUGGUUGAAUUUUAUAGUGAAUGGCAAUUUGUGGUAGGGGAUGGUUUUUUUCAUUGUAUUUAUUGAAUUUUUUUUUAAAUAUAAAUACAAAUCCGAAGCGAGUGCACAAAAUGA